CAGACCCCUCUCAGAUAUGCGCUUAUCAUCACAACAUUGCGAACGCCGCUGAAGUCUGGAGGCCGCAAAAAUCCGAUACCGUAGUCAGCAUGGAUUUCGAGGAGAUUCUGGCCAAGUGUGGCCACAGCAGUCGCUAUCAGUUCCUGCUGCUGGCUCUCUAUGGCUACCUUAUGGUGGUCGUAUCCAUGCAUUAUUUCUCGCAGAACGUCAUCAGUUUUGUGCCCGAUCACUGGUGUUACCAUGAGCAGCUGGAGAAUCGCAGCUUCGCCGAGAUCGAGGCAAUCUAUUCGGUGUUCGAGAAGCCAUCGUGCACGCGGCUGGAGAGAAUCGAUGAGAAUGGAGGGAAUCACACGGUGAGCCCGGAAAGAUGCAGUCAGUGGAUCUACAAGUACGACUUUGGAUACAGAAGCAUGAAUACAGAGCUCAAUUGGGUUUGCGACGAGGCCUAUAAGCCAAGAGUGGGCCAGUCACUGUUCUUUGUGGGCUCGGUUUGUGGAACUCUGGUCUUUGGCCUGCUUGGCGAUCGGAUUGGACGAAUUAAGGCCUUGAUUUUGGCCAACUGGUGCGGCUUUCUGGGCGAUUUCUCAACCAUAUUCGCCACGAAUCUAGUUUCGUUCUCGAUCAGUCGUUUUGUCUCCGGACUGGCGGCCGAUGCCAACUCCUAUCUCAUGUAUAUAUUGAUUCUCGAAUAUGUCUCGCCAUCAUUGAGGAAUGUGGGUCUCAACACAGUCUUGGGCAGCUUCUACUGCCUGGGCUUGAUUGGAGCCUCCUGGCUGGCCGUCUGGGUGGGCCACUGGCGCCUCUUCCUCGCCUGCUCUUCGGUGCCGCUGCUACUGGUCACACUUUUUUACUUCCUCGUCCAGGAGAGCGCCCAGUGGCUGGUCACGCGUAAUGAUAUCGACGGAGCCAUUCGUCGGUUGCAGCGCGUGGCCAAGAUCAAUCGCCGCCAGGUGGCUGACGAUGACUUCAAGUCCUUCAGGAGCUAUUGCGAGGAGCACUACCGUAGGGAGACCAAGGAAGCGAAGCAAACAAAUGUCCGUCUACUGGACAUGCUCAAAACGCCGCGCAUGCGCAGCACAGCCAUUAAGCUGUUGUUGAUUUUCAUUAUAAUCACACCCUGCUACAACACCAUUGCCAGGAACGUGGAAGGUUUGGGCAUCUCACCUUUCGUCAUGUUCUCGCUGAAUGCCCUAACCCUGCCGCCCUCCGGUUACCUCCAGGGCCUGCUCCAGGACAAGAUUGGGCGCAAGGCCACCGCAGUUAGUUGGAUGACCAUCACCGGGAUCUUUGCCGCUGCUGCUGGAUUGGUGAUAGCACAGGGUAGUCAUCGGAGCGUGUUGCUCCUGGUGGGUCUGACUCUGGCCGCCAGAUUUGGAGUGUCCAUCUCUGAUGGAGCCAGUUCCCAGUUCUCCACUGAGCUGAUUCCCACCUGCGUCCGUGGAAGGGGUGUGGCAGUGGUGCAUGUGGCAGGGUUUGCUGCCUCUUUCCUCUCACCUUACAUCCUGCAUCUGGGCACGUAUUUUAAGCCAGCUCCCUCUAUAAUCCUGGGACUACUUUUCCUGUCCGGUGCCUAUGUCUGUCUGCUACUUCCGGAGACGCGUAACCGGAAGCUGCCCAUGUCGUUGGCCGAAGGUGAGGAGUUCGGUCGUGGAGAAGGCAUCUUUGACUUUCUGACCAAGCUCCGGAGGAGAGAGAGCAACGCAACUGAGGUCGAGAUGAGCACCAAGACCGUGGAGGAGGAUACUCUGAUGACAAAGGCACAAAAAUCCUGAUUUAAGUGCUUAUUUCUAUUAUCUAUUUAAUGUAAUUUAUGCCAUAA